AUUUCACCUGGAAAAUACAAUCAGAAACUAUAUUCUUGAGGGAGGGAGUAUUUGAAUAAAAACAACAAAAGAAGCAAGCUAGAGAUUAGAGAAGAUCGAAUUGGUAAUUUGAUCUGAUAUUGAAAGCAUUAUUCCCAAUUUGGGUGCGAUGCUAGAAGAAGAAGCCGAUUACACUGAGAAAAGCGCAUUCUACAUUCAAAAUGAAAUCAAUACUGCAGAUACUAUAACCCUACCUCAAACAAUCCUUGAUGAACCUGAACCACAACAAGAACUGCAGCAAGAAGAAGCUUAUGUUGAUAUCACUGUAUUAAGAUCCAUACAACUCGAUUCAAAAUCAGUCAUCACAGAAGAGAAUCUUGUCCUUCAAAAGCUUCUGCGGAGAUGGCGAUAUUUUGACUACAGAGAUGGAAGUUCUUAUAAAAAUAAGCGUGCAGUCAACUCCCAUGUGCAAGAAUUUGGGACACCAUGCUAUGUUUGUGGACAAUUUCAGCAUUCUGGGAAGAGAUGCCCCAAGCGCCGUAUUUGCUCUGCUUGCAAAAGUAGAGGCCACAUUGCUAAAGAUUGUCCAAUGAACAACAAAGAAGGUGCCAUUUGUUUGAGAUGUGGUGAAACAGGGCAUGAGCUCUUCUCAUGCAACAUCGAUUACUCCACUGAUGAUCUAAAGAAUAUACAUUGUUAUGUUUGCAACAAACAAGGACACAUUUUCUGUGGUGACUACACGGACAUAUGUCCAGCAACAGCUUCUUGUUAUAAUUGUGGGGAGUCUGGACAUUCAGGUUUGGAAUGCCCAAAACCGCUUCUCGAUAAGUGUGGCUCGCGGCCUCCUUCUAUAUGCUACAAAUGUGGAGAGGGUGACCAUGUCGCACGAAAAUGCACCAAAGAUGUUGACUUUUCAGCAUGCCGUAAGCGUCGACAGGCUUCAGGGUCAGAUUUAGGAGCAGAGGAAGCUGCUGCGUACGAGAACCCAAAAAGAGCUAGGAGAAGCAAGACCAAUAGGCACAAUAGAGUAAAGCAAAAGAUGAGAAGAUUACUAGAGUACAUGACUACUGUAUAGUAAACACUUGGGGGGGGGGGGGGGGGGGGGGGGGAAUUUUCAGGUUGUCAAAUCCCUGCAAACUUUGUAUUGUUCCUGGCUGUUGUAACAUUUGGAAGCUGCUUAAUGCAGUAGGCUGUUGUAGCAUCUAAUCCUGCAACGACAGAUGCUUGGAUCAAGGAGUUGCUCUAACUUAAAUUAAAGGUCUCGAGUUCGAUCUGUGGGAUUGCAGUAUCGUUGAUAGUGAAACCCUUACCUUUCUUUGCUACCUGAAUAUUCUGUAUACAAGUUUUUCUAUUUGUAUUUA